AUGCGUGCUACCGCUACCAUCCUCUUCGUCGCCGGCCUCGCUGGCACCGCCUUUGGCGCCUCCGUUACCUUCUAUGGUGACAGGAGUUGCUCCAACGUAAUCGGCCGGAAGGUCCUCAGCGCCGGGGACGCUCCCGUCCCGCGCGGGGCUCAGGCCCUCCGGGUGGACGCGACCGGCGGCACCUGGUUUGCCUACCGGUCCAGUGACGGGGUUCACUGUACGGGAGGUGUCAUCACGAGACUUAAUGGUGACACGUGCUACAGUGUUGGCAGCCUCGGUGUUGGCUGUACCAGGCUGUGCCCCAGUGGGCUGGCCUGUUCUUUGUAA